AUGCAUACAGAGGCUGAGGGAUUAGCUACUCAGAAUAAGGAGCAAGAGGUUGUUGAUGUUGUGAUAGAGCACAGGGCAGGGAAAGAGAUUGAUACCACAAUGGGGGCACAAACUCCUUCUCCAAGAAGUGGAUUAGUGGACAAGGAUGGUUUUACUCUAGUUGUCAACAGGAAGCAGAAGCAGAAGGUAUGGGUUGGCACUGGGUCUGGCAGCAAAGAGAUUCCAAACUAUAAUGCUAGAAGUUCAGGGAGUCAGCAUCGUGCUAGUAUUGGGACUAGGCCAGUGUUGAAUUGUCCUCCAUCUCCUCCUAAAGGGAGAGGUAGGGGGAGGAAGAGAGGUUAA